CCAGCUUAUAGUCUGUCGAAGCAGAGCGCAGGGAGACCGGUGCAAAGUCUGCGUUCAGCAGGGUACAUGACAGAAGUUUGCUAAGCUUUUUUUGUGAAUACCUGAAAGAUUUGUCAGGUGACAAUGGGGCUAUUACGAUGGGGGAUUACACUCAUACUCUUCACUCUGGCGUUCACCUAUGUACCCAGACUUUUCGCACAAAGCUGCCUCCAAUCGUUGAGGGUAUUUCCACGAAAUUUCGCAAAGUGGCCGAGACGCUCAGAGAAAAUGUCGAAAGUGGCAAAGAAAGGGGCGGAGCUUUUGUUGUAUAUCACCGUGGUGAGGUGGUGGUUGACAUGUGGGCAGGCUAUGCAGAUCCGGAAGCUGGAAGACGAUGGGCCAGUGACACCAUGUCUGUUGCCUUCUCCACUACAAAGGGCAUUGCUGCUAUAACUGUGGCCAGGAUGGUAGACAGGGGAUGGUUGGACUACAAGAAACCUGUGGCCCAUUAUUGGCCAGGGUUUGCCCAGAAUGGAAAAGGGGAGAUAACUGUGGAACAGCUGUUAGGACAUCAGGGUGGCUUGGUGUCCCUCGGCAACAAGACAAGUCUGUUCGAUUACCGUGACAACCAGGAAGAGUUCACCCGCCGACUGGAGAAAGUGACGCCCAUCUGGAAACCAGGCACCCGUCAUGGUUACCAUGCCAUCACGUAUGGUUUCUAUCUGGACACACUGGUGAGGAUGGCUGACCCAAAACACAGAAACAUGACGCAGCUAUUCAGGGAGGAGAUCGCCGAGCCAUUUGGUAUUGACAUCCACAUGGGCCUCCCGAAGCACUUGUUUUAUCACGCUGCCCGGGGACAGUACAUGUCAGAUUUUGAGAACCUCUUGGCCUCCAUGACUUCCUGGAAUCAGUUGAGCCUCUUUUGUAAAUUCAUGUUCUACCCAGAAUCCAUCACUGCCAAAGCCUUGACUGUUCUGGAUAUGAAGAACAGUGGCCUGAAUGACCCAGAAGUGAUGAGCAUCGGUCAGUCGGCAUUCAUUGGUGUUGCAACAGCCCGCGGCAUUGCCAAGCUCUACAGCUAUAUGGCCAUGAAAGGAAUUGUCAAAGGGAGACAACUCCUGAAACCUGAAAUCUGGAAACUGAUGACAACCCCAUUGCGCACUGAACCUGAUCUGGUUAUAACCUCAGCUAAUUUGUCUUGGGGCAGGGGAAUAGGAUUUCGAGAACUCCCAUACCCGAAGUACAAGGGUCAGAAUAUUAUCGGUCAUCCAGGCUACGGAGGUCAAGUCGGGCAAUUUGACCACGUCAACCAGCUGGCUGUGGGCUACAUCACAAACCACAACUCCCAAUAUGGAAUAUGGGAUGAUCCCCGCUUCCUGGGACCUAGAGGCCGCAGUGUACGACUGUCUAGAAGAUUAUGUACAAGGAUUGAAAUAAUCGUGCAGAGUUUUAUAUACUGAGGGAAAAAAUAAGGGAUCACAUGAAAGGACAAUUGUUCCUCCAUUUUUUUCCAAGGUCUCUUCACAAAAUUUGUCUUGCAAUGCUUGUGAAGAAACCUGGGAAACAAGAAGGGAACACUUGUGCUUUCAUGUGAUCCCUUAUUAUUUUUCCUCAGUAUAUUUCUGUGGAAUUAAUAAUCCUAUUUCUGAAAAUUCAGUGGUACUUAGAGGUAGUUGAAUGGAAAGUACAUGCAUUUGAAUGUUUUUAACAAGUGUUUGUAAAAUUUCAUAUUUUCUUUCUACCAGCUCCUGCUGUGUUGUUCAUUGAUCAGUUUUAGUUAAUAUUUUGCUAAUUAUUACCACAGCAAUGACAGGGACGGUGCCUGAGUGCUAGUUCAUCAUAGAGCAUUGACCUAAUUUCAGCUUGAAUAUACUACUACGGUCAUUUCAUACUUUAAGACAAUAAACUUCAAUAUGUCAUGGAGACAAUUGCAUAGUAAUUGCAAACAAAAGUUUAAAGAGAUCACUUGAAAAAAUGUUUUGCAUGUUUAUUUUGAUCAUCAUUUAUUACGUCUU